AUAAUUUCUCAAAACCAUUCCUCUUUGCUUGCGACACACCAACCUUUGCAACUUUUCGCCAACCUCACCCACCUUUCGCAUUCUCUUUCUCCAAAAUGGCUGCCUCGAAGCCCUCGACCAAGGGCAAAGGCUCGAAAGGGAAAUCCGGUCCAGCCAAGUCCGGCGCCAACAAGCCGAAAUCGAAAUCUUCAAAGCCUACCGGCAGCGCGCCCGAAGGAAUCUCGAAGCGCAAGCAGAAAUCCAUGUCGCUGGCUAAGCCUGGUGGCGCGCAAAAGACCAAGAGCUUGGUGUCCAAAGACGGCAAGAAGAAAAAGAGGGUCUAUUCAGAGAAGGAAUUGGAUAUCCCGGCCUUGAAUGGAAUAAUACCCGCGGGCAUUGCGAAACCAAAGGGUGUCAAGAAGGGGAAGAAGUUUGUGGAUGAUCCGGCUAGCAUGAUGGCCAUCAUGUCCGUCGUCAACGCCGAGAAAGAAGGGCACCUCGAGUCCAAGAUUGCAAAAGCCCGCCAGCUAGAAGAAAUACGCGAGGCCAAGCGGAAAGAGGCUGAGAGUAGGAAAUCAGACAAAGAUCAGGCGUUUGAGGAGAGGAAACAGGACCUCAAGAAGAAGAGGAAGAGGCAUAGUGAGCCUGGCGCUGGCGGUGGCAAGGGUGACGAGAGAGAAGGAGAUAAGAUCAAGGAGAAGGACAGGAAGUUCAAGGUUAGGAAGAGGGUUAGCUUUGGCUGAGGGGAGGUAGCUUGCGCGCGUGUGGACGAAGCUGUCACAGGGCAGGUACAGAUACGGACGCGGCACGUCCAGGCAGAGGCAGGAGCAUGAUGUGUGCGAACACGAUGGGGUCGACGUCGAGGGAUGAACAGCGCAAGAGCACAUGUCGAAGCAUAACAGCAAACUGUGCUCUUGGCGCAAGAACAAAAAAAGAGUGAGGUCUAAAGUGCUGUACAGGAUCUACGCAUAUCUAAAAGUCUAUGAUACCCCCAAAACAAGUUUUCACAAUCCAAUGC